AUGAGCGGCGAUCCGCCAGCGACAAAGCCCAUGCAAGCCGUUAUAAGCCAUCUGGUGCCCCAGGCCACAGUACAACAGGUCCAGCCUGUGUCUUCGGUCCAUUGCCAGCGCGCUUAUGGAGUCAAGAUCUCUGACGGAACGAGUCUUGUCCUCGUCGCCCCUCCGCCGCCGAUGGUCAAGCUCCUUCGAUCGGAGCGAGCCUCCGUCGUAUCGGAGGCGGCCGUCUUGAGUUGGCUUGCAAGCAAGACUACUGCAAAGCCCCUCCUACAGGAACGAACCCCAGAACCCGAAGACAUUCUCGACGCUGGAAAGAUUGGAACCAGAGGUUUGAGGGACUUAAGGAGCACUGCCAACGGCGCAGAAGAUCUGCACAUCUUCCUUCCGAGGCUCAUGGCCCAUACAAAUGCACCUAGCGAAGAAGGCCGCGAGUUCAACCUCUUACGACCCACGAUGGGUGUUCCGAUUCCCGAACUCAGCCCGCCCCUUUCUUCGCCCGAAAGAAGAUCGGUUGAUUUUCAAACAGGCCAAUUUUACAGGAAACUUUGCAGAUUGGUCUCACCGACAGGCCGCUUCGGUCCUGCUUUCGCUGUCCUCCCACCUGCGACACCUAUACCACCGCCUGACUCCGCGGAAUCGAUCAGAAGAGAUUUAAAUGCCAGACUGAUGGAGUCGCGGGGGGUUCAGUCUUGGUCAACAGCGUUCCACUCCAUGCUAGAAGCCGUCUUACGCGAUGGUGAAGAUAUGCAGGUCAUGCUAGGGUAUGGUUCCAUCCGCCAGCAUUUCAAACAGUUCCAGUACACACUGGAGAGUGUCAAGACACCACGUUUGGUUGCGGUAGACGCCGGCAAGGACCUCAAUACUUUGGUCAUGAGGAGAAAGUGUCGGAAGGGUCCUCCGUCAAUAGCAAGCAGCCACCACCUUGAACUGCGAAGCGAAUCCCGGGUGGUUGACGACAGCGAGAGUGAAACCGAGGACGAUGACAGCAGCAGUGAGUUGGAGCUGGGUGGAGACGACCGAGCGACGCCGUAUCAUCAGAGCAACAUCAUUAUGACCGGUAUGAAGGACUGGAGCAAUUUUGUCUUUGGAGACCCUUUGUUUGCCGUCGACUUUUGCCAUGGCCCUAGCAGCGAUUUCUUGUCAGGUUUCAACGAUGUUUCGCCAGACCAAGUCACUACCGCCAUGUCUGCAUUCUCUUCGGACAUGAUCGAAGACAAGGCCACCGCCCAUAUCCGCAUUCUCCUGUAUGAAUGUUACCACACAAUCACGCACAUUGCCAGGGAGUUCUUUCGGCCGCGCAGGGACAGCAGUGGGCGUGAACUGGAAGCGCGAAAGAAGUUGAACCACAUCUUGGCCCAAUUGGACACGCUUAGCGAUGCGGGUAACCAGAGGGGAAGUAGACCAAGUGGGGAGUCGAGCCCAGCAAAGCGCUCCAAAAGCUGCGAAAAAAGAUGA